AGGCUUUCUGUGUUUUGUCGAGGUUCAAUGGACGCACGAGAGAGCGUGGCGUUAAAGACCUGCUUUUAAUGGUUGAACGCGUGUUUUUAUUUCACGAGUACACGGAUUCUUAAAAACAGCUUCUCCGUCGUUUCCAUUGAAACCCUUUUUUCUAUUCUUUGUUGCCAUGAUGGCAACUCGAGGAUCUCUCGCCAAAAAAUGGGCAAGAUGUCGGGAUUUUCCAGGACUGCGACGGUGUAUACAAAUGCUGAUAUUCCUGCUGCAUGUUGCAAACAUGGUUGAUGGUCAAAUUCGUUAUUCAGUACCAGAGGAGAUGAAGAAAGGCUCCCUAAUCGGUAAUGUAGCUCAGGAUCUUGGUUUGGAUCUGAAAAGGCUCCGUUCAGGGCGGGCCCGUAUCGUGAGUGGAGAAAACAUCCAGUACACCGAGCUGAAGACAGACAAAGGGACUCUGGUCGUGAAUGAGAGAAUAGACCGAGAGCAGCUCUGUGGAGACACGACGCCAUGUAGCUUCAGCUUUGAGGUGAUUUUAGAGAACCCCAUGGAAUUACACAGAAUUACUGUCGAGGUUUUGGAUAUAAAUGAUCACGCUCCCGUAUUCCCCAACACCGAUAAGUCUAUCAGUUUUGAUAUAAGUGAAUUAGCCGCGGUAGGUGUUAAAUUUCCAUUGCAGACUGCAGAGGAUCUAGAUGUGGGACAAAACGGGUUACAAGAUUACAUAUUAUCACCAAACGACAAUUUUAUAUUGAAGCAACAUGCAAAUCCAGACGGAAGUAAAUAUGUUGAAAUGGUGCUUCAGAAGCCUUUAGACCGAGAGCGACAUCCACAUUUGUCCUUAAAAUUGAUCGCAGUUGACGGAGGAACACCACAGAGAUCCGGUACAGUAAAUAUAGAUGUCACUGUCUUAGAUGCAAAUGACAAUAUUCCGGUUUUUAAUCAAUCUGUCUAUAAAGCAUCUGUGAUGGAAAACACAAUGAAAGGCUCAAGAAUAAUUACAGUAAAUGCCACAGACGCUGACAGUGGUUCAAAUGGACUCAUUAGUUACAGUUUAUCUAAGACAAAGGGAAGUGCAGCAGAUAUAUUUAGUAUUGAUGAAAAGACAGGCACGAUAUCCGUCAAUGGUCUAAUAGACUAUGAAAAGGAAAAAAAGUACGAGGUGAGGGUGGAGGCAAAGGAUCAGGGUGGCCUAAUUGGAACGAGUAAAGUUAUAUUCGAUGUGUUCGACGUCAACGACAAUGCCCCGGUGAUAAACAUUAUGUCGUUUUCCAGCCCUUUAUCUGAGGAUGCUCCUCCCGGAACAACGAUUGCUAUUUUAAACAUUAAAGAUGCAGACUCCGAUAAAAAUGGGCAAAUUAAAUGUUCUAUUGAUGACAAACUUCCCUUUAAAAUCGAAACAUCUAUAACAAACUAUUACAAUUUGAUUUCUGAUCAAUAUUUUGACAGAGAAUCCGUUUCGGAAUAUAACAUCACAAUAACCGCCUCUGAUUUCGGUUCCCCCCCUCUUUCCAGCUCAACAAAAUUACACCUUAAAAUUUCUGACAUAAACGACAAUGCACCGGUAUUUGAUAAAGCCAUCUACUCUGCUUACGUCACAGAAAACAAUUCCCCUGGCAUUUCUGUAUUUGCUGUCAGUGCGCGAGACAAAGAUUGGAAUCAAAAUGCGAGAAUCUCGUAUCUUCUGGAGGACACACAAGUCAGUGGUAGUCCAAUCUCUUCUUAUGUGUCUUUAAACUCUGAAACUGGAGUCCUUAGUGCAGUUCGUUCUUUUGAUUAUGAGCAGAUCAAACAGCUUCAGCUGGUAGUCAAAGCGCAGGAUGGAGGCUCCCCUCCACUCAGUAGCAACGUGACAGUGAAAAUAGUGAUCCAGGACCAGAACGACAACCCUCCUCAGGUCCUGUACCCAGUUCAGACUGGUGGGUCAGUGGUGGCUGAGAUGGUGCCUCGUGCAGCAGAUGUGGGCUACCUGGUGACUAAAGUGGUGGCUGUUGAUGUGGACUCUGGACAGAAUGCCUGGCUCUCGUAUAAACUGCAGAAAGCCACAGACAGGGCGCUGUUUGAAGUGGGCUUACAGAAUGGAGAAAUCAGAACUAUCCGUCAAGUGAAUGAUAAAGAUGCUGUGAAACAAAGACUGACUGUUAUAGUGGAGGACAACGGGCAGCCGUCUCGUUCAGCUGCAGUCAUUGUUAACGUGGCGGUGGCGGACAGCUUCCCUGAAGUGCUGUCUGAGUUCACUGACUUUACACACGACAAGGAGUACAAUGACAACCUGACUUUUUACUUAGUGCUGGCUUUGGCUGUAGUGUCCUUCCUCUUCAUCACGUGUGUAGUGGUUAUUAUAUCAGUGAAAAUCUACAGAUGGAGACAGUCUCGCACCCUGUAUCACUCCAACCUCCCUGUGAUUCCAUAUUAUCCACCACGUUACUCAGACACUUUGGGCACAGGGACUCUCCAACACGUGUACAAUUACGAGGUGUGCAGGACGACUGACUCCAGAAAGAGUGACUGUAAGUUUGGCAGAGCUGGUAGUCAGAACGUGCUGAUAAUGGACCCCAGUUCUACAGGGACCAUGCAGCGGAUACAGAGUGAGAAGAGCAUCCUGGAUGAACCAGACUCUCCUCUGGAGGUUAGUUAA